AUGCCACCCACAACAUAUACAACGUCAACAACGUUUCGAGUCGGAGUACUUCUAGCCCCACCACCUGUUCAGCUACUCGACCUAGCACCUGUCGACCUUUUCUAUAUGCUAAGCAAAGAUUACCUGAACGACAUCCCAAUCUUGCCUCAACCAAUCAAGAACCUAGCUAUACAGAAUCUCGAAAUCCUUUACAUCGCAGCCAAAGAUGACCAUUCCCUGUCUAUAUCCCAGACCAACGAUAACAACCCAGUCCUACUUGCACCAACAACCGCAAACGCAAAAAUAAACAUCACCGCAGAUAUCCUAAGUCCCAAAGUUCAACCAGGCCAACUCUCUGUCCUCGUGAUCCCCGGUCCAGAUCCUGCCUCCACACCCUCCGAAGCAUAUAAGACAUUCAUCAAAGCCCACGCAUCAUCCGGCAAAACAGACAUCAUCACAAUUUGCACAGGUAUCUACCCAGCAUGCUACUCAGGUAUCUGCGACGGUCAAGUCGUUACUGGCCCCCGAGGUCUACAAGCUGAUUUACGCGCCAAGUUCAAAAACGUCAAACAAUUCGAAGAUCUGAGAUGGAGUCGAGAUGUCCUCGUGGGUAGUGCGGAGAAGGAAGAGGAAAGACCCGCUGAACUAUGGACGUCGGCGGGUAUCACGAAUGGACAUGAUUGUGUUGCGGCGUAUAUUAAGGCGCAUUUUGAUAGAGAGUUGGCUGAGGUUGUCUGUCGGAUGGCUGACGUUGGCCAGAGAAUGCAGGAGUAUGAGAAUGGACCUGUUACGGAGGGGGUGUGGUGGAUGAGUAGAGUUUUGAGAGCUGCGAUAAAAGGGGUUUGGAAGUUGUAG